UACCGAGGAGUCAACUGCCAAAAGCCGGGAAAAUCCAAACGGAAAGGAGUAAACGGCAAUGAACAGAAAAAUGAAAAGACAUCCAAACACGGCCUUCUCCUUUCGCAAGAAAAGUAAAGUUCUUGGUAUCGCACUCAAAUCGCAUCACUUUCUUGAAUUCAUGAAUCUUCAUUGUUCUUCUCCACAAUGGAUCGUCGUCGUCUCCUCAGCGUCAUCGUUUUGACUCUCCUCUCCAUCUCUCACUUCUCAGAAGUACAGUCGGCGACCUUCAAGAUCGUCAACAAGUGCCGGAACACGAUAUGGCCCGGUUUACUUUCCGGCGCCAACACCGCGCAGCUCUCCACCACUGGUUUUGCUCUAGAAGCUGGUAAGUCCAAGACCAUACCCAUACCCAGAGCAUGGUCGGGCAGGAUAUGGGCCCGGACCCACUGUUCUCGAGACUCCGCUGGAAAAUUCGUCUGCGCGACUGCUGAUUGUGGGUCCGGAAAUCUAGCAUGCGGCGGAAGCGGAGCCAAGCCGCCUGCCACGCUGGCUGAGUUCACUCUCAACGGUGCCGGAGGACUCGAUUUCUACGACGUUUCUUUAGUGGAUGGAUAUAACCUCCCGGUGCUUGUGGUCCCCAAGAAGAUUACGAAAGGUCUUUGCGGCGCUACAGGAUGUCUCAUCGACCUUAACGGUGCCUGCCCGGCUGAAUUAAGGGUGGCGCGUGAGAAUGGGAGUGCGAGUGUGGCCUGCAGAAGCGCGUGUGAGGCCUUUGGGGAUCCGAGCUAUUGCUGUAGCGGCGCUUACUCAACUCCUGACACGUGUCCGCCUUCUCCAUACUCAUUGUUCUUCAAGAACGCGUGCCCACGCGCGUAUAGCUACGCGUAUGAUGACAAGACUAGCACGUACACCUGCGCUUCCGCCAACUACGUUAUCAUCUUCUGCCCUCCACCAUAUACCAGGCAUGUGAAUGACUGAGUUAUACCCGAUUACUCUUUGGAUUCCGGGUGUAUUAUUAACUAGCGUCACAGGCCAUUGGGUUUCUUCUGGCAGCAGACUUAUGGAACAGUGCACCCAUGAUACCUCGACUUGGGUAUGGGUAUCGGAUAUGUAUCAGUGUCAAGUGUCAGACUCUUCAAUUUGAAAAUUGAUGGGUACAUGGACACUGUCCAAAAACUAGGAUAUUGGUAUGUGGACUUCGUCCAAAACUAGGAUACGGGUGUGUGGGUACGUUAUCUUAAUACGUGUUAGGAUUUACCUUGAGAGUUCAAUCAACAUGGUAUCAGCUUAGGAUGCAAGAGCGUCUGGAGUUUUUAGUCAAAUGAUAAUAUUCUUUUGUGUAAUCUGUUUAUGAAUACCAUUGUAGUUAGCUGCGAGAGAGGAUGGCAAGUCAUACUCUUUUGAAGGUUUUUCUCUUAUUCUUGAGGCACGCGUGCGAAUUUGAGUAGAUGUGCAGUUUUCUGUCUUUUAUGAAGCCCAAAACCUUUGUUUGUCCCUGUGGUCCUCCAGCCUGACCUAUAAAAUGUGUUGAAUUUUUUCUCUUUUAUAUAUUAUUAAGCAUUUGUAUCAAUUCUCAUACUACAUCUUUAAAGGAUUCAACCAGGGAAAGAAUCGACAAGAUAACUUGGAUAAUUGAUAGAUGUUGGUAUGCAAGUGGGCAGAGAAGACAUUCACUUGCCUUUUUACGCCACAGACGGGCAAAGAUUUUUAGAAAUCUUGUGAUAAGAAUCAUGGUGAACUCUUGGGAAGAAACAUUAGGCUCCUAAAGUUUUAGGGAAAACCAAUAAGAGACGAGGAGCUGAAGAUUUAAUACUCGUCAUCACUUGUUGGCUGAUUUAGAUGGCAUAGUGUUGCUCAGUACAUUAGAUUUAAUCACUGCAGAGGCUUUCUUCUUUUUUUUGGGUGGCAUCCCUUGGUAUUCUACAUAUAUGUAUGUGUGAAACUAUGAACCUUGUGGGCUUAGGCGGCGAAAUCGUAGCUUUCUUGCAUGAUUAAGAGAAAUGACUUGAUAGCGCUGAGUAUGUCAUUAACAUGUAUAUGCAUUGUGAGUCAAA